AUGGAAGCAAAGCCGGAAGCGCUGUGUCGGGUGUGUGGUGACAAAGCUUCAGGCAAGCACUACGGGGUGCCUUCGUGCGACGGCUGCAGAGGUUUCUUCAAACGAAGUAUAAGACGGAAUCUCGACUAUAUUUGUAAAGAAAAUGGAAGGUGUGUUGUGGACGUCAGCAGAAGAAAUCAAUGCCAAGCAUGCCGUUUCUCGAAAUGCCUGCGAGUCAACAUGAAGAAAGACGCGGUACAACACGAGCGGGCGCCACGUCCAAUGGUCGACCAGCAUCAACUAGCUUUUCAAAAACUGAGAUACAAUUUAACAAGACAAGCGCCUUUUUUACCAACCCCCAACCGCAUGGUGCUACCCAAUAUCCCCCCAUAUCCUUACACCACCCUUACCGAUAGAAUGCAUAACUCCGUACUAGAAAGUGCGCCUUUUGCCAACAUUGCGAGGGUCACUGAAUCCAUGUCGAUGGAUGUCUCCAACCUAGGAAUUCUUAACAACUCAAAUGCACUCGGAUCCUUCAAUCCAUUCAAAAUUCCGCUAUUCUCGACCCCUGUCCACUAUCCUAUGCCGCAUCCCGGAUAUUUGCCGACAAAUAUGUUUUACCCUUCAAUAAUAAACUCCGAGAACACGUUGUGUAGUGAUUCAGAAAAAACGAUUCCAAACAGCUUGAACUGCAGUUUAUAUCAAUCAUUGUACCAUAGUGAUUUAUCUGUAAAACCAGACUCUCAAAUACCCGAGAAGGUAAAAGAAGAUGAAGUGUCUAGCUCAGAAGAGGCGAACAAAAUUAAUUAUCGUAAAGAAGAAACAAAUUACACUACACACCAGCAUUCGCCGUGUAAUAUUGAACUGCCAACACAUCAAAGCGCAAAGCAUUAUGAGAAAUACCAGCAUGCAGUGAAAAUGGUUAAAAACGGCUCCAUUAUAGUAGAACAGAUAAAAGAUACCAGAGGCGACCAAAUAGAUGCUAUACCAAAUCGUGAGGAGAAUAUCGACUACAAGAUAAAACAUCACUCUGUGAUCCCGGAUAUAGAGUUAUAUGAUCCGUCUGCCAAAUUGUUGAUAGCCAUGAUAAAGUGGUUGCACACUAUUAUGACGUUCGAACAAUUGUCAUACGGCGAACAAACUUGCUUGCUUCACAGCAACUGGAAAGAACUUUUCAUUUUGCACUCGGCACAGUGUUCCUUUUAUUUUGACGAAGAUCACGUGUCAUCAGUUAUCACUUCAAAGCGUCCAAACAUCAAGGAGGAACUGCGAAAAAUGUCGACACUGUUCAAGAAGAUUGCGCUAUGCCGACUAGAUAAAACUGAGUUCGAAUGUUUGAAAACAUCAUUACUAUUCCGCACAGACGCUUUAGACUGCUCGCGACAUGCACAAAUAGAGAUUUACCAAGAAAAGACGUUAAGUCAACUCCAGAGGCAUUGUGCGGAGAAGGAAGCGGGUAGAUUCGGCAAGCUGUUACUGCUUCUGCCAAGCGUGUGCUUCGUAGCGAGCCGCGGCCUCCUGGAGCUGCUUCUGUUCUCUACUCCGCCGCCGGAUGACAUCAACUCGAUCCUCACUCGAAUACUUAUUUACACGGCUAUGUGAAUUCCCUUACUACUGAGGGCCUAGUGGCAAUUUGAUACUGUUACUGUCACGUAACGUAAACGCGAAUUUCUAAGGAAUUUAAACAGAGCCAUCUAGUGGCACUACUGCACAACUGUUUUGCUU